UUGUGGUGGUGGUGGCACGUGGGCACCGGUCAGUCCUCGCCCUGCGGCCGCCCGGUCGAUCCGUGGACAUGGCUGACUGUCGCUUGUUUUCCGAUAUUUAAAUUGUUUGACUUUUGGACUACGACGCCAUGACUGAAGAUAUCCCUGACACGGGAGCGGUGUUCACAUUCGGCAAGUCCCACUUUGCUGACAACGAGCCGAGCCACUUCUUCAUCAAGAACGACCCAAUCGUCGCGAUAUCAUGCGGCGACGAGCACAGUGCAGUAAUAUGCCAAAAUGGGAGAGUGUUCGUGUUCGGUGCAAACGUGUGGGGUCAGCUAGGCUUGGGCCACAAGGACGAGGUGACGCGGCCCAGCUGCGUCAAGUGGCUCAAACCGCACCGCGCCACGUUCGUGGCCUGCGGCCGAGCUCACACAGUCUUUGUCACAGAUACCAGCGCAGUAUACUCGGUGGGCUGCAACGACGAAGGGCAACUGGGCACUGGAGAUAUGGAAAACCAGAGCGUGCCUCAGUACGUCGAACUGGAUGUUGAUCAAAACAUAAAUCAGGUUUCCGCGGGGAGCAAUCAUACGGCACUGUUGACUGAGGACGGUCGCGUAUUUGUUUGUGGCUCUAACUCAGAAGGCCAACUUGGUCUGGGAGAAACAACGCGCUCCUGCGUCAACUUCACAGAGCUCAAGUUCGUUGAGAAGAUCGCCUUCGUGGAAUGCGGGUACUAUCACACCGUGUUUAUUACCGCGCGCGGCGCAGUUUUUGUAACCGGUGACAAUGAACAUCAAAAACUGGGAAUUCCCGACAUGACGACGAUCUACGUCCCCCAAGUAUUACCACUGGACAUACAAAUAAAAAGUGCAUGUUGCGGCGCUAACCACACCUUCCUCCUGUCUAUGGACGAAGCAAAAAUCCUCGCUUUUGGGUCUAAUGAAAAGGGGCAGCUGGGGAUGCCAAAGGAUGUGGUAAAUGUUACGGAACCCACUGAAGUCAAUAUGGAGAAGCUGUUCGACGGGUACCAGUUGAAGCUUGUUGCUUGUGGGGCGAUGCACACCGCAUUUGUUACAGAUAAUGGUCUACUUUACACAUGCGGCGAAUCGCGGCACGACAAACUGUGCCUAGAAGCAAUCGAAGCCGACGAUUCAAACGAGGGUACACACAAUCAAUACUUACCAAAGCGGGUCACCGCUAUGAAUGGCUUCAUUGUCGACAACGUCGCCUGCGGUGGCUGCCACACUUUACUUACAGCCACUAAAGGUUCCAACGCUGACUUUACUAACAACGACUUUAGUGUAAUAAACGAAGAGAGAAAAAUAUCCGUAACUGAACUCCCGCCCCUACAAAAAAUUCCAACUAUGGCUAAAUCAGAUGACUUACAUGAAGAUUUAUCGAACUCAAAUAUAAACAGACAUAGCAGCGCCGACGUUAUAAAUGGAAACGUAGAAGAAACUAUCUCAAUUACUUCUUUAGAGGGAAACGUGAGCGGGUCUCAUAUAGUUAACAUAAACGACCUUGAAACGGAUAACGUUAGUAAAGGAAGUAUCAACGAAAUACAGAAUAUAGUUAAAGAUGAAAUUGAUACUUUGGAAAAACAUGUUGAUAAUUUUAAAGAAAACGUCGAAACUAGCAUGGGCAUUGUUAUGGAGAGUGCAGAAAAAAAUAUUGGGCAAGUUAUGGACAGUGCGGAAAACGGUGUGAAAAAUGUUAAAGAAAAUGCAGAAACAAUACUACUUAAAGGCAAAAGUGAAUUUGAAAAUAUUACUAAACAGGGAAAAAAUGAAAUAGAAAACUUUACUGAAGGUGUCACAGAAACAAUUUAUACAAAAACCGAAGCUGUUGAAGAUAUAUUCAAAAAAACAAUAGUUGAUAGAGCUCCUGGUUUACACAGCGACGAAAGGAAAGUUCUAGAAGUUCCCGAUAAAAUGUCAGAAAUAGCCAAUUCUCCACCACCAAAGACACCAAUCAUUCAGGAUUUGUUAAACAUUCCAGAUUUAUCACAAAUUAGUCCGAAUUUAAGUAGGAAAAGUGAAGAUGGACAGAAGAGUGAAACGGGGCAGUCAGAAAAUGAAACCAUACCUUGCGGCUCGGACAAGUCGAGCCCACCGGACAAAAUCGCUAAAACACAAGCAGUUCUGCCAAUAGUACGUAGUGAAGACCACAUCGAUUCUGAAGAAACACGGAACUGUGAAGACACUGACGUGGUCGUUAAUAAAAUGGAGGAAAAAGGCCGUUUCGCUCGCAUCUUCCAGUCCAUAAAGGACAAAGAGAACUCCUGCAUGGGCAAGGGGAAGAUUAUAGAAGAGAAAGUCGUAGAAAACGUACACAAAGGAAUCGACACAGCAGAGGAAACGGUGCACAAAGUAGAAGAAAGAAUAGAGACGGAGAUCCGAAAUCAGACUAAUUCCAGAACUUGCACUAUUCUAUAAGUUAUAUGCAUUAAUAAUUGCUAUAUCAACCGAAGCUACACAUAAGGCAACAUUGUACAUAGAUACUAU